AUGAUACUACGGGAUUCAAGUAAUCCUAUUGCAUCCAUAGUGAAAAGUACUUAUCCAGACGUACUGCAUAUCCUGUCUAAUCCAGAAUAUUUUAAGGAUAGAGCUAUCUUGGCCCCAACCAAUGACAUGGUUGAUUCGAUUAAUGAAUAUGUCAUGUCCUUGAUGCCUGCCAAAGAAAGAGUAUACCUUAGCUCGGAUAACAUUUGCAAAGAUAAUGGAGAAGUUGACCUCGAUGAUCAAGUCUUUUCAGUUGAGUAUCUGAACACGAUCAAAUGUUCGGGAUUGCCGAGUCAUGAAAUCAAAUUGAAGGAGGGAUGCAUUAUCAUGCUUCUCAGAAAUAUAGAUCUUUCAAAUGAGCUUUGCAAUGGCACAAGGAUGAUAGUCACUAAACUUGGGGCCCGCGUGAUUGAAGCCAAGCUGAUUUCAAGUAAUAAUGCAGGCAAAAAGUUUUCCAUUGCAAGAAUGAUCAUGAGCCCCUCGGACUUCACAAAAUUUCCGAUUCGAUUUUAA